GGAGCGCUUGCCUACAGAUGCUUGAGGGCCAUAGCAGCUGGGUCCAAUCAGUGGUCUUCUUGCAUGAUUCCAAGCUGGUCGCCUCCGCCUCACUUGACAUGAUGGUUAUGACUUGGGAUGCCACCAGUGGCCAUUGCCUGCAGACUGUUAAUGCUGGAAGGUUAGCUAGGGUAGAAUCAUUCGACCUAACUAACUUAUACCUUGAACUUUACUGCGGCACUAUCCGCUUAUCCUUGGGUUCACCUGUCAUACCAGCUGAAGCACCGAAAUUCUCGGCAUGUGGUAUUAGUUCUGAUGGUAUCUGGAUUACCUGGGACACAGGAAAUUUGCUAUAUCUACCCUCUGAGUACCAUUCGUAUGUCUUGACGUGACGAUAGUGACUCUCUGUAUAGGCUGCACAUCAGGACGGGUGCUAAUUAUUUAAGAUUGAUCCCUAGCGACUCCCAAACUCCAAGAACUGCCCCCGCCCCUGGAUUUUUUCGUAAUAUAGCUAAAAUCAAUCAAGGCGACAAAGUUUUGGAAACAUC